AUGCGCUCGUCACGGUCUCCUGUUGCAGAAGAAGAUCAGGAGGACGAGGAGGAAGCAGAUGAACCGCAAGCUCAAAAUCGAGCAGCCAUAGAACGUCCUGCUGUUCCCGUCCAAGCCGGAGCCGAGAGCUGCUCGUGGUACGACUUUGUUCCAACUAUUGCAGCUCCUCAAGCAACUCAGGUCAAUUGCGUCGUCACGUCGCGCGGCCUACGCUGGUUCUUCACAGGGGGUCAAGAUGGCUAUAUUCGAAAGUACGACUUUCAUCAAACCCUCACAGGCAAGUUGCCAUUGACGGUGGCUCAACGGCAUCCGUUUGUGGACAGUGUCCAAAAGGCUGGCGUCCUUUUGUCGUACUGGAAGAACGAAGAGCUUCCUGAAUCAGCCGAUGCCUUAUUGCUCAGCAAGCCAUCUUCACAGCUCACAAAUAAGCAAAUUUCUCCAAUUCAUUGCCUGGCUGUGCACAGCGAAGCUCUCUGGAUUUUAUCUGGACUCCAAUCUGGUGCGAUCAAUCUACAGGCAGUACGAGUUGAAGAAGGGCGCGUCUUGCAUGUCAUGCGUGGCCACACUGGACCAGUCUCAGUGCUCCAGCUCUCAGGAGAUGAUCGCAGCUUGUUGAGUGGUUCUUGGGAUAAGAGAGUGCAUGACUGGGACAUGGAGACCGGUCAGAUUCGACGCACUUUUGCAGCAGGAAAUGAUGUGACUGGCCAAGUCUCGGCCAUUGCUGUGCGCAAUCCGGAUGCAGCUGCUCUCGAUGAGUCAGUGUUUGUGGACGAAGCUGAUAGAGCUCCACUGGUGGCGGAUCAAGGGCAGGAGGAGGAGAUGGAGGACGUCGAAAAGGAUCUGCCAAGCAGACAAGCGCGGCACAGCCCUGCCUCUACCAAUUCGUUUGAUCCGUUGUUUGAUGAAGAUGACGACGCGGAGCCUGUGCUACCGACAACAGAGCCGCCCAAGAUAGUGGAUGGUACAGUGGAGCCUGCAUCGACUAUCAAAGUCGAGGGCGAUGAGUUCACAAGCACAGCGAGCAACGUGGUUGUUGACAACGGACUAGAUCAGAUCUUCUUGACGGCGUGCGUCGACGGCACCCUUUCAUUAUGGGACAGAAGGCGGCAAGAUCCAAUUGUGCGGAUACCAGUCCCUCGCGGCACACCACCGUGGUGUCUCAGUGCGUGCUUCUCUCAUGAUGGCGAAUUUUUCUACUGCGGUCGUCGAAAUGGUACAGUGGAGGAGUUCAGCAUGCGAAAGGGCAACUUUGGUGCAGAACUGGGUAGUGCACGAUGUGGUAGACGAGUCAUCAAAAUGCCGAAUAACAGUGGUCCAGUCUCGAGUGUCAGAUCGAUGCCGAACGGGCGAUCUCUGCUAUGCGCUUCCUAUGACAAUGUCAGGUUGUAUGAUCUCCAGUCGUCACCCACGACCAAGGGAAUGCCAUUCUUGAUCGUCCCAGGCCACCAUGGAGGCAUUAUUUCACAACUUUACGUGGAUGACAGCUGUCGUUAUGCGUUUUCGACAAGCGGCAAUAGAGGCUGGGAUGGUUCAUCAACAGAAGUCAUCUUAGGUUAUGAAAUUGGCAUACCACAAAGCUAG